AUGAUUUUUCUCUAUAUUUUUUCUUUCAUUUUUGUAUUUUCCGCUGCUACAAAAAAUGUUUGUCAAACAGAUGAAUGCAAAAAAUUGGGAGAUACUAUGGUAAGAAUUUUUUUGUUGAAAAAAAUUGAAUCGAAAAAUUAUCACCUAGGUCUCCUUGAUGAAUGAUUCUAUCAGCCCAUGUGAUGAUUUUUAUGAGUCGGUUUGUGCGAAAACAAAGUUAAGCUAUGGAAGUACAUUGUUUGAAGAAAUGUACAAUAAUAUUGACCAACUUGAGGAAAUAAUGAAAACCUUUCAACCUGAGACAAGCAAUCAAAAAGUUGCGUUAGUAGCUUUGCAAAAAUGUGUGAAUGACACUCAAGGUGAUCCAAACACUUUUAUGAAAGAAUUUUGGGAAGACGAGAAUAAUGAUCUUACUACAUUGAUAAUUGAAUUAUCAAAAAUGAAUCCAGAAUCGAAUGGAUUGUUUCAGUUCCUUAUGAACGUCGAAGAAAAAGAUGGCAUCAAACGUAUUAAAUAUUUCUUGGAUCCCGUUAUUGUGGUUAGUCCAGUUUUGUGAAUAGAACAAGUGCAACAAUUUUUUUCCAGAAAGUAGCGAAUAGUUUUGUGCCAUGGAAGCUAAUUGCUGAAUCCGUGAAAUUUAUGAACGUUACUGAAUUUGUCUAUCAACUAUUACCCGAAGGAUCUCGAAGCUAUGAUGCUUUUGACGAUUCGUUAGUAUUGGCACAAGAUUUCAACAAGAUUGAUGAAAAAAUCACACAACUUGGAGAUAAAAAAGUGCGUGAAAUUUUGCGAAAUCAGUGGCUAAAGGAACUAAACAAAAGAUAUAUUGAAAAACAUACAUUAACAGCAUGUCUACAAGAGCACGUGCGUCAUGCAUUUCCUGGAACAUCAGCCACAAUAUUCUUGAACAAAACCAUUUUCAAGCCAGAGAAUGUUGAGCGCGCAAAAACUAUGUUCAAAUCUAUUCAAUCGGAAAUGUCUGCUAUUAUUCUAGAAAAUGAGUGGAUUGAUGAGGAGAUGAAAACGAAAAUGAUUGAAAAAAUCGAUGCAGUUAGUGUAUUUAUGGGAAUCCCUAGUAUUCAUGAAAAUCAAACUGCUCUUAACACAAUGUAUGAUCGAAUUCUGAACAAUUCGGAUAUCAAUAAACUAUCCUAUCUUGAAAUUCUUCGAAAUUUGGCAAAAAUGAAUAUGGAAGAAACAUUUUUGAGAGUUUCAAGAGGAGAAACAGUAACAUUCUUAGAUUCUCCCAUGAUUGCCAAUGCAAACUACUUUUCAUUUUCUCAUGGAAUUAGUAAGUUUUUGAAUUCAUCAAAAUCUAGUUGUUCAUGUCCAUAACUUUCAAUUGAAAAGAAAUAAUAAUUUGAUAAAUUCCAGCUGUGGGUUAUUUUUUCCUCGCCUAUCCAUUCCUCGAUUAUAAUCUACCUGAAUGGUCAAUCUUGGCAUCUUAUUCUUUUGUUGUUGCACACGAAGUUUCUCAUAUGUUUGGGCCAAAAGAUGUUUUAAUUGGAAGGGAUGCACAUCAAAAUACUAUUCAAUUAAGUGAAAACUUCCAGCGGGAAUAUGAAAAACGUAAACAAUGUCUGAUCAAGCAAUACAGCACUUUCCAAUACCCAGGAUUUGAUGAUUAUGUAAGUGAAUUUUGAACUACAAAUUAAAAUCACUUUCUACACAGCUCAAUGGUGAAAAUACAGUUUCUGAAAACUUCGCGGAUAUUCUUGCUUCUAAAGUGGUUCAUCGAUUGUUCCGCAAACAUAUAACAACCGAGAACAAUCAAGAAUCUUUACCGGGACUUGAGAAAUUCACAAUUGAGCAACAAUUUUUCCAAAGAGCCGCUCAUGUUUGGUGUAGCAAUGAUGCUGAUAAGGAAACAAUUGAUGAAUAUAAAAAUCGCGUACACAGUCCGAAUAUGUUCCGCGUUCGCGGAAUGACUUUGAAUUCACCAGUGUUUGGUGAAAUUUUUGGAUGUCCGGUUGGAAGUCCAAUGAAUCCAAAAGAUAAAUGUGACACUUUUUGA